CUUCCAUAAAAAACAUCGUACGUAGACACGAAAACGUGUAACGCACACAACGGCAAGCUUGAUUUUAACCCAAAACUGAUGACUGAUGAUGCAAGAGUGUACACCUGUUUCGUCUUCUUGAUUUCCCAUCCGAAUGACGAGAGUCAUUUGUGUACGACGACAGCGUAGAGGAGAGACAGCAGCAAGAAACUUCUAAUGAUUGAUAUGGCGCCGCUAAGAGACCAGCUGCGAAUGAAACCGUUUUCAAUGAGAUUGUUCUGUUGACACUGUAUCCCCUAGCUCCUUCCCAUAGUAUUGUUUAUUUUUCGUAGUGCACUCUGGUAGUUUAGAUAUCAAAUAGCGUCAGCUGACGUGCUUUUCUCAUAGCUUUACGCGUAAAUACCGAUGUAGAUAUCUAACGUAAUGCUGUUGACGUUUGUCGAUAACUGGCUCUAAGUACAGAGUGGGUAUAUUGCUUUUCUCCUAGGAAAUUGCAGUGAGUAUAUAACAUAUUUUACGUGUUGCUUUUGCGUAGCAUUUAGAGCAAAAUGUCCGACAUCCAUAUUGCCAUCAUAUUGUUUGAAAUGGCGAACACCAAUGAAAAUUACACAAUACUGGAAUGCGUGCAUCACGUUUGGAGCGUUAGAUAAAAUCGUUAAGGCCAUCUGUCAAAAUAGAAUUUCAAUGCGAGACCACCUACAGGGAUCUACAGAGACAAAUUUUUGAGCAAACCGCACAGAGACUCGAUUGUUCGUCGCAAAUUUGAUAGCGUCGAUUAGCUAAAAACAAACAUCUUAGUUAGUCUGCUCGUAACAAAUUUGGGGUAGAUGCCUUGCUUUUAUCAUUUGGAGGUGGGGACGCCAACAAUCUGGAUGGCAGCAUUCACCUCUACUGUGUUGUUGUGCGUUAUUGCUCUCUGCGUCGCGACCAACGCCUAUAUGACCAAAGAAUUUGUGUCGGAGUUUAGAGAAAAAGCUCUCGCUCAACUACCGAAUGAUAAGGCGACUGUCACGGUGGACGAUAGCGAUCGAGAUCGGCGCGCUGCGGCUGUGGCCUGGAAGGUUGCAAUACAACAGAUUUUGAAGAAACAGGCUAUGGCCAAGGCUCAGGAGUCGGGCAAAGAGGGAAUGGCUGAUAUCAAGUCUAAGGCUGAAGUCGCUAGUAAAGCGUUGGACAGCGCAUUCGGAGCUAUUUCCGACGGCAGGAAUCGGUCGGCAAAACAAUUGAUGAAUGAGGCCAAAGUGAACGUCAAACUCGAUGAAUCAUUUCAAGGCAAGUCCGUCAUUGAUCCAAGGGGCACGAUGUAUCCGGUGGACUGUCCGUGCUCUUGUAUACUCGCGAAUAACCCCGACAGCGUGUCGGGCGUCUACAGGAUAGCCGUCCACGGUCACGAUGUUCCCUUCGACGUCUACUGCGAUAUGACGUCGCUAGGCGGAGGAUGGACUGUCUUCCAGAUGAGAUUCGACGGCACCCUCAACUUCAUUCGCAACUCGUUUGGCGACUACGAGGACGGAUUCGGCGACGCGAGCACAGGCGAAUACUGGUUGGGACUCUUGCGGCUGCGUCUCCUCCUCAACAUUCAUCGCGAGCAGAAGAAUCAGUUGAGAAUCGAUGUCGGGGACUGGGAAGGCCACAAGGCGCAUUCGAUUUAUCAGAACUUUGAGUUGUCGGAUGGCGACUAUAUACUCAAUGCUGAGUAUGCAAGCGGAUUGAGCACGGCGGGCGACGGAUACAGUAAAUACUCAGAAAAUGGGAAACCAUUUCUGGCGCACUGUAGCGACUUCUUCAACAUUGGAGGCGGACACUGGAAGGCUGACGCUUGCAAUUCGUACGCCAACCUGAACGGGAUAUAUUACCCGGAGAAGUACAAGUUCUACCAAAGCGUUUCCAUAACGAGAAACAUCGACGGCGUCGUUUGGCCGACGGACUGGAGCGACGAGCGUCCGCCCGGUACGUGCAGCCAGUGUUCCGAGUACUACUCGCUCAAAAAGACGUCGAUGAGUUUCCGUGAGGUCGGAUGGUGAUGUGAUGAUGAGAGACUCCGUGGAUGAUGCACGGACUGAAGUAGAAAAACUGUUGAUGCAUGCCUGUCGUAGGUUGUAGUGAGUAUGGGAUUUCUGUGCGAGUUGUAGCGUUGCAGGAAUUAUCGUUCGUCUUGCUGUGAUGUUUUAGUUGUAGUGUGUGACAAGUGUGAAUCUAAUGUCUUGCUGUGAUGUUUUAGUUGUGUGGCAAGUGUGGAUCUAAUAGCAAAGCAUUUC